CCCAGUGGCAGCUCGACCGCCGUCCCGAGCGCACGCCGCGUCGCGCACUCACACCGACCCGCCGGCAUGAUGCGGCGUGGGUCAAUGGCCCUGAUAGGGGCUGGGGAACCUCUCAUCGUAGUGGAGGAAAGUGGCGUGGAAGAUGCAGAGAGCUCCCCGAAAGCAACAAUACCGCUCCGAGGCAUAUCCAUAGACCAGGAGUCUCCUCCGGACCCGUAUCAUCUGUCACCGUGGCGCGAAACACGCAAGCAUUCACUUCCGACACCACAAUGCACCUCUGGUCCCACGGCCAGCCAGGUGCGACGACUAUCAGAGCGCGGCGAAAGCGCUGCCCGCGAAGCGCGUGAAGCUGCUUUUUUGGCUACACUCAGCCAAGCUCCACCGCAACCUGGAGGUAGAAGACAUUCCGUUGUAACCAUAUCACGGGUGCCCCAAGCAUUGUUUGGCCGAGGCCGUCGCGAAUCCAUAGCCGCAUUCCCAGCUCUCGGACGCCGCCGAGAUUCUGGCUCUAAAAAAGGUCCCCCUGCCAUUGAGACUUUUGGAAGCACUCAUAACUUGCAGCUGGAUAUAAUGGACGACAUAGUGCAAGCUCGUAAAGUACGUAUGCGUCUUUGGAAUACAUCGAAUGAACGGGUCUGCGAGGUUCAACCGCUGGACGAACGUUCUCCUAUAAGCGGAUCAGUGAGAUACACCAACCGGGGACGCCGUCACUCAGACUUCGUAGGAUCUCCACUCCCACCGAUACCAGCCAGACGUCGUGCUUCCGAGAUGCCGCCGCCGCCACCCAUUCCUCCUCGAAGUAACACUGGCGUCGUCUGCACAGACACAGAUUUACAUCUCAUGCUUAACGCACUCACUUCAUCCGCCACAGAAAUUGAUCGCUGCGGUAAACCCGAACGUCCAGGAAUGAGGCGUCUCUCGGACAACAUGCGUUCCAGCAGCUUCGAUGCCUCUUCUCUUCGUGAAAAACCCGCAGAAUCGGGCACUACAUGGUUUGCCCGCCGACAUCAGACUCUAGCCACCAAAAAUCAAGAAAAUGAACCAAAGAAGGCUAAAGUUACUUUUGCAGCGGACUCUAAGCCGGCUCCCGGAGAUGUGGCCACUGUUGUAUGGGACAAGCCGUCGGGUUCUGUGGUUGACGCCAGUGCACUCGGUAGCGCCAUUGAAGUGUUUCUCCGCAAAAGCAGCAUUGUCGAUUCAGGACCUUCGACUUCAAGUGUGGUAGAAACUAAAGAAAUUACAGCUAAGACUAGGGAUGUUCCACCAAAAGCACGUGACAAGCCGGGGCCGAGUCGAGCAGCCGAGCGUUGGUACUCCAACAAGCCGGAGGAAGAAGAAGUGUCCGAAAGCUGCGACGCAAGCCUUUGCACCUCUUUGAAAGACCUUUUCGUUUAGACUAGAAAUUACAUUAAAAGCUCUUGUAAAUUUAAAUUUAGUCGUGGAAUAUAGAUCAGAUUUUCAGGUGAAGUAUGAAUGGUGUGUACUUUAUAUAUCUUUCAAUGUGAUAGACGACGCGCUUGCGGCGGUCGUCCGAGUCGACUGGCGACCGACGCGGGAUUUGCGUUAAAUUAUUUUUAGACUAAAUUCUAUUUUCAUUGUAAAUUUUUGGAUAAUAGCGAUCAGAUAAUUGAUGUAUUGUUAGAUAGUAAAUUAUAUUCGUGAUAAUCGGACGCGCGUUUUCCCCGCCCUAUGCGGUCUCCCCCCGCGCGUCUGUACCCUUAACCCGUCUCGUUUAAAUAUGUGUCUUGUAAUCCAACGUUGUCAUUAAAUCUUUAUUAUAAUAAAAUAGAAGACAUUUGAGAAGGAGACGUCGGGAGAUAUGUACGCUUAAUAGACGAAGGCGAAACUGUGUCGUCUUAAAUCAAUAAAGGUUUUUAUCGAUGUUAAA